GACAAGGUUGAGCUGAUCAGGAGUUUGGUGUUUGAACACUAUCGCCAUCUGUUGCGUGCAUUGUCCACCAUAGUGUGGUCAACACAUGGCGAUAGUGCUUUGCUAUGUCUGAUUGUCUAUGUUUUAUAUUUCAACAGUCGUAAAAAAUCUAAGGCGAACAAUGUACUAAAAUUGAAAAGACGCAUCUGUGUCACUUGAUAAUUCAUACAUGUAAACCAAACUAAUACAAGAAAUAAAGAUCAUUUAAAGUCAAAAAAAAAACUAAGACAAACAGUUCCACUCCAGCAUUGAUACUGAUAACGUGAUGAAGCUCGUGUUACUGUCGCUUUGCUUCUGGCUUAGCUGUGUGCUCCAAAUUUCUGCCGAUCUGAACGAUUCUUGUGGACAACGGGAAGAUUCCAGCUGGAAAUGGCACGUGCAGCUUUUGAAUAUACAACUAACGGAACAGGACUUAAACUGCGGAGGAACUCUCCUGAAUAAAUUGUUCGUCACAACGACGGCUCACUGUCUGUACAAUCUAAAUGGCGAUCAAUUGGAUAUUGGUCAGUUGCGAAUCAUAUUUCCCGAUGGAGAAUACCGGUCAAUUAGAAGAACUUUUCAACCCAAGCCAUUUGAUAUUGAAAAUAUAUCCAAUGAUUUUGUUUUGCUACUACUAGACCGGGAAGUAAGUUACAACUAUUUGGUUGCCCCCAUUUGUUUGCCAAAGGUAUAUGAGAUUCAAGUUCAGGACGUACAUACUCCAGUGUUAACGAGUGGGUCUCUGUCAGUCAACCGUGAGGAUACCUGUCUCAACGAUACCAAUAUUCUGUUUGGAAUGGUCUACAUGGAUGCCAUUUGCUUAGGAACAUUCGAUCGAUCGCACAAAUAUCAUCGCAAUGCUGGAAGUGGAAUUUUCGCAAAGCGUAGCUCAAAGUGGUACUUGGUUGGACUUGUAAUGUAUACCACAGGGCCCACAAAGAUUCGCAUCACUUACAUCGGUGGCAUCCACCUGCAAAGGUACCUCACCUGGAUCAAGAGAACAAUGGACCAUUAUUCACAAGCUCCGAGCAUCAUCGAAAAAAGUUCGAAUUGUUCAUUUCGGUGAAAACAUUUCAUUAGGGCGAAACUGCUUUUGU